AUGCACCUACAAGUAAUGCAGACGAAGAGAAGAAGGAGGAAUUCUACAGACAACUGCAAUCAACACUGGACAAGACCACAACUCAGUUGGCGACAUCAAAAUUCUAAUGGCUGGGGUGACAUGAAUGCCAAACUGCAUGGAGCGGAAAACACAGGAAGAGAACUAACUAUGGGUCGAGAAGCGCUAGGUGAGGUGAUGAACGAGAAUGGAGAAUUGUUUGCGGAAUUCUGUGCAUUCAACGAUUUGGUGAUUGGAGUCAGUCAGGCAGUGUGUUCAAGCACAAGGAUAUCCACAAAGCCAGCGACAUGGAUUUGAUUUCACCAGACACCAGGACACACUGAAAAUCAAAUCGAUUUUAUCUCAAUCUCAAGAAAGUGGAGACGCAGCCCACUUGACACAAGGUCAAGAAGAGGAGCAGAUGUAGGCUUACAUCACUCACUAUCUAGUGCAAGGAACCUACCUUCAAAAUCAAGUUAACAGCCUUCAAGGAAGCUGGUGAUAGACCACAGUUCAAGUACAACACCCAGAACAGAAACUGCACUUAAGGACGAAACUACAAAGGACAUCUUCACAUCAGUCAGCCAUCAAGACAAAAUGGGAGAUAUCAACCAACAUCCCUGAAGAAACCUGUGUGGAUGAACACUGGAAGUCCUUGAAAGAGAUGUGGAAAGAAACCUGCAUAACCGUGUUAGGAAGGAAGAAGAAAGAAGAUAAGGAAUGGAUCUCGAUGGACACAUGGAAGCUGAUAGAGCAGGGAGAGGAGGAUGGUGAAGCAGAAGAUAAACCAGUGCAAGGCUGCACAACGAGAAGAGGAACUGAGUACAAUGUAUAAAACACUUCACUGGACAAAGAAGUGAAGAAUAGUGGGCACAGAGAUAAAAGACACUUCUACGACACACUUGCAAGUGAAGCAGAACAGGCUGCAGGUAGGAGAGAUAGAGACCUGACAACAUUGUAUCAAAUAACCAGGUUACUGUCUAUCUGGAAGAGACCAACACAGAUGAGACCAAUAAAAGAUGAUGAAGGAAGUUUAAUUACCAAAGAGGAGAAACAAAGGAAAUGAUGGGCCGACCACUUCAAGAAGCUCUUGAAUCAACCACCAGCACUUCGUCCAGAAAUACCACCAGCACCCUAGCCACAGAACUACAAGUGAAAAUAAAUCCUCCAACAAAAGUCGAAGUCCUGAGCGCCAUAAAGCUACUGAAAUGCGGGAAAGCAGCGGGACCAGAUGGAAUACUGCCAGAAGCACAGAGAACAGAUGCAGAGACAGACAACGGCGGACAUGCUCACACCACUAUUGCAGAAGGUCUGUAGGGUACCUGGCGAUUGGAAGAAGGGCGACCUAAGUCUUUGCAAGAACUGGAGCAGAAUCACGCUCCCGUCCACCCAAAUCCAGCAAAAUAUUAAGCCGCACCCUCCUGGAGAGACUAAAUGAUGCACUGGAUUCAAAACGACAACUGGAACAGAUCCCGACCGAUAGCUGCUACCUUGACGUGGUGGUCGGGCUUGCAUAUCACAAUGACCCAACGAGCUAUGCUGGUGGAACGCUUGUUCCCUCGAGGUCCUACCAUACCAGAAAGGUCUGUUGGGUAGUGGUUAGACGAAAAGCAGUUACCGUCAUAGUGUAAAUUGCUAUACUAUGAUGGGGGUCUGAGGGCGAAGUCGUACUGCUGCUAGCUGGAUGGGGUGUGACAGCAGUAAGGUGUUUCCCUUGGAUGACCAGCAGUGCCAAGCUGAUGCUGCCUUCUCAGUGGAAGGGGGGGUUAGAAAAGGUCGGCCCCAAAAAUAACACACUCCACCACGCCCCACGGUCUGCCGGGCCGGCGGUGUUGGUUCACUUGUCGUUUCCUUUCGCUCAUCCGGCCCCAAAAAUACAAAAAUUCAAAAUAAUCAUACUCAAAAGGCUGGGUGUGACAGGCCUCAAGCAGAUGUCCGAUGGGCUCUGCGGUCACACAAAUCUCUUUCAGGUACCUUAAGAAGAAAUAGCCUUCCACGGUGUGGGCAGCCGGGAAGUGUCAACCGCCCUCACAACUCUGUCAGCACCCAAGUUUCUUCUGACUGCUAUCCUCCUCCUCCAUCAUUACCUUCUAAUCUUCCUUCACGUCUCUUAAUUAAUGAUGCUGCAUCAUCUUCAAUUUCUCCUACCUCUGCAGCCUUCGACAACGAUCUGAGUCCACAG